AUGGAGGAUCUUAUGAUGAGGAAACAACCAGCAGCUUUUAUGCCUAGUUCAAUUACUCCAUCACCAUUAACCAUGCAUAAAAACUCGCACACCAUAGCCAAAGUCAAGCCAAAGAUACGCAUAAUUCACAUCUUUGCUCCUGAAAUCAUCAAGACCGAUGUUGCAAACUUUAGAGAGCUGGUGCAAAGACUCACAGGGAAACCAACGACUGAUCAAAAGGGAGGUUGCAAGAAGAAACUAAGAAGGGCAAGAAUACAAGAUCAACCAAGAAACUUCAACAACAACAACUUAUGUGACAAAAAGGCUGUUGUGACCAAGAAAGUUGAGCUAAGAAGUGGGUUUGGGAGCACUUUGGGGUCUAGAGAAAGAGUUAAGGAGGAAGAAGAAAUGUGGAAUGGUGCAAAUUUAGGUGGGUUCUUAGGUGGAUUUACAGAUUUAGAUGGUUUUAUUCAAGAACUUGGUGAAUUUCCAUUGCUGCCUAUGGAUGCUAAUCACAUGCAAGGCUUUGGAGAGACUCAACUUGUCUAA